AUGUCAUUCACGGAGUCUGCCGUGGCGGCAAUGGUGACCGCCGUUACCAUUCCUUAUGGCGCAGACAAUGGUACCGGCGAUGAUGAACCCGGACGGACAUGGGAUAGUCAGCUCCAGGUGGAUCUGUAUACGCAGCUUAUCAUCAGCUUGCCUCUGGGAAUUACUGCAUUCCUGGCUUUUUGCUUUUUGCGGCCCAAAUGGACAGAGUUAUACGCGGCCCGGAGGCGCCAACGUCGCGCCGCCCUACACCUGCCGGAGCUUCCUGAUAGCUUCUUCGGAUGGAUACCUGUGCUGUGGCGGAUAACUGAGGAACAAAUUUUAUAUUCUGCUGGGUUGGAUGCCUUCGUUUUCCUUUCGUUCUUCCGAUUUGCAAUUCGAUUCACAUUGACUGUAUUCGUCUUAGCCUUCGUGAUACUUUUACCAAUUCACUACAGCUACACGAAGAAACUAGGUAUUCCGGACUGGGAUAAAGGCAUUGAUGUCGGCGAAGAUGGGAAGAAAGAGUUCAUCGAUGACCCGCCGUAUCUAUGGUCGUACGUUGUGUUUACGUACAUAUUCAGCGGCCUUGCCAUAUUCAUGUUGCUUCAAGAGACGAAGAAAAUUAUCCAAACCAGGCAGAAAUACCUCGGCAGCCAGACGAGUACGACUGAUCGGACGAUUCGGCUAUCAGGUAUUCCGUCUGAAAUGGGAACUGAAGAGAACAUUAGGGAAUUCAUUGAAGGAUUACACAUUGGGGAAGUCGAAAGCAUUACGCUGUGCCGCAACUGGAGCUCUUUGGACCAUCUGAUCAAAGAGCGGCUUGAAGUCUUACGGAAUCUGGAAUCGUCUUGGGUUCAGUAUUUGGGCUACAAGAGAAUCAGAAAAUCUGGCGACACUCUGCCUUUGAGACAUCAACCAGUUGAUUCCAGCUUCUUCUCUGAAGACGACGAGAGAAUGCGCCUUCUCUUGGAAAACGGACAAGAUGACGCAUUCAACCGGGCCAAAAGAAGACCGAUGGUGCGAAUUUGGUAUGGCCCUUUGAAGUUACGGUAUCGGAGAAUUGAUGCCAUAGACUACUACGAAGAGAGGCUCCGGAGGCUUGACGAGGAUAUUCAGAGCGCGCGCCAGAAAGAGUAUCCGCCGACUGAGCUCGCUUUCGUGACCAUGAAAUCAAUAGCUGCGGCACAAAUGCUUGUUCAAGCUAUCCUUGAUCCUCAUCCGAUGAAACUCCUUGCCAGAUUGGCCCCGGCCCCAGCGGAUGUUAUCUGGAAAAACACCUACCUACCGCGCUCCAGGCGCAUGUUCCAGUCGUGGUCCAUCACUGUAUUGAUUUGCUUCCUAUCUGUAUUUUGGUCCGUGUUGCUCGUUCCGAUCGGUACGCUUCUGAGAUUCGAGACCCUUCACAAGGUGUUGCCUCAACUUGCCGAUGCUCUGGCUCGACACCAUAUUCUCUACAAUCUUGUUACGACCGGAGUCCCAACCUUGGCUUUCUCCCUUUUGACUGUUGCAGUACCUUAUCUGUAUAACUGGCUUUCACACCAACAAGGAAUGAUGUCUCGAGGAGACAUCGAACUUUCUGUGAUCUCCAAGAGUUUCUUCUUCUCGUUCUUCAACCUCUUUUUCAUUUUCACGGUCAUCGGCACCGCAACAAAUUUUUAUGGUCUUUGGGAGCAUCUUCGAGACUCCUUCAAAGACGCCACGACGGUCGCGCUCGCUCUUGCCAAUUCACUGGAAAGACUAGCACCAUUCUACAUGAACGUGUUUGUUCUUCAGGGUCUGGGAUUGUUUCCCCUCAAACUUCUUGAUCUUGGAAGCGUGUUCCUGUACCCCAUCAAUUACUUCAUGGCCAAGACGCCCCGAGAUUUCGCCGAGCUCUCAACUCCUCCUACAUUCAGCUACGGAUUCUCAAUUCCACAGUCGAUACUUAUAUUGGUCAUCUGUGUGAUCUACGGCGUUUUCCCGUCCUCCUGGUUGAUCUGUCUCUUCGGACUGAUCUACUUCACGAUUGGCAGCUUUAUCUACAAGUACCAGCUCUUAUAUGCGAUGGACCACCGACAACACUCGACAGGUCGAGGAUGGCCGAUGAUCUGCAAUCGGGUCUUAGUAGGCCUGGUUGUGUUUCAACUUGCCGUGGCAGGCACACUUGCUCUGCGAAAAGCAAUUACCCUGGCAUUACUCAUUGUGCCUGCAAUUGGAGUCACAGUGUGGUUCAGCUACUUCUAUUCUCAAAGCUAUGAACCAUUGACCAAAUUUAUUGCUCUGAAGAGCAUAUACCGUGACACGCCGUCAUCUGGCGAUAUAUCCCCGUCUACGACAUCAACUUUUUCGCCGCCCCUUGCCCUUGACCGUGAUACAUUCCCAAUCCGACUUGGAGGGCAAGUGCUUGGCCUCAAGUUGAAGAAAUACGUCAACCCUAGUCUCAUUUUACCCCUCGACAGUGCUUGGCUUCCAGGACGCAAUCCCAUGCCAGAGCUCGAAGAAGGAUUUGAGUACUACGAAGAUCCGAACCGGGUUUCAGUGUAA